UCCAGAGCUAGCUGGUCAUUCGGAAAUAGGCAGGGUAGAGCGCCACUCCUGCGAGGCGAGCUAAGCUGCGUCAUGGAGCGGAGGAAAAUGAGUAGCGAGCACACGAACCAUGUGGAGGAACGGAUGUGGGGAGUGCUGCGCCCCUUCUUCAGCAAGAAAGGGGAAGCAGCUGCUGCCAGAAGGUUGAAUCACGGCUUAUGGAAGGCACCUCACGUGAGCCAGAUUUGCCACUGGGACUGCGGCGUAAGCUGCGCCCAGAUGGUCCUGAGAGGGCUCGGCCGAGAAGCUGAGAGGUCGUCCCUGCUCGCGUCUCUCGGUACCCGCAGCGUCUGGACGAUCGACCUGGCCAUGCUCUUGCACCGCCAGGGAGAUCCAUUAUUCAUGUACGGAACCCGCACCGUGGGGGUGACCGAGGCGUACUCGACGAUCGACUUUUACCGCGCCAACUUCGACCACGACGCUCCCCGGGUGCAGUCGUUGUUCAAGGCGGCGGAGGAGGCCAACGUGGGCGCCGUCCAGAAAACCUUCUCUUGGCAAGAGCUAGCCGUGCUCGUGUCGAGCUACAACUACGCCGCCAUAGUGCUUGUAGAUUCCCGCUACCUUCACGCCACAUCGUACCGAGGGUCGACAGCAGCAGCAGCAGCCCCGGCGCUGGCGCCGUCGGCACCGGUGCUAGGUCCGCCAUCGCCAUAUCUAGCCCCACCGUCUCCGGCCGCCGUCGAUGCCGUCGAGUCGACGCCGCCUCAGCAAUCGUGGAGCACUCCUAAGCGCCACCGCGAAGAAGCUGAAGAGGAAGCAGGCGCUCGUGGGUGGGGGGGCUCUGGGGAAUUUGCGGCGGGGGCAGGUGAUGCGGUAAGGCGGCGGAGAAAGAGGCCGGCACCCGCAGGAGCGACACCGAUCGAGCGCUCUCUCGGUGGCCCUAGAGAGGCGUUGGGUGCAGCCUCCGGAGCGAGCGCGGCGCUUGCAUCACCCCUGAGCGCGCGAGACGCAAACACGGGACAUCUUCGGUUGUCCCCUGCAGUCGGAGACGACGGUGGCGAUAUGGCGGUGUUCGUGACCCCGCCGGCACCUAAGAGCGGGAGGAAAUAUUUGGCAGGAGACCUGGGCGCCUCUUCACGGGCUGGGGGCACCGCCGGUGUAAUCAGCCAGCAGGGGGGGGAAAACGGUAGGCGGGAUGACCAGAUGUCGGCGGAGCCCCCCGUCCAGAGCGCAAUGCCUUCCGCCACGGGACCGGUGUCGCCUCCGGUCUCCGCUCAAGCGCCUUCGCCUGCUGGCUCUCCCCGUGGUUCCCCUCCACCGAUAUUGGUCGGUUCGCCGCCGCCGCUCAAGGCCGCCGGACUCGUGUCUCCUCCUGCCAGCGGCGGCGAUCGCGCGGCCUCGUCGCCGAAAGACUCGUCCUACUGCGGGCACUACAUCCUUCUCGUUGGGUGGAGCGAGGCGGACCGGGUGUUCAUCGCGAGGGACCCCGCUCUCACGUCGUCCACGCCUUCGAUGGCGACAGCCCCAGGCGGCGCCGGAGGCGGGGACCCCAACGCCCACGCGUGCAUCGCGCUCACGCCGGAGGCGCUGGACAGGGCGCGUCGCAGCUACGGCACAGACGAGGACGUCCUCGUGAUUGACCUAGCGCGCAGCCGCAAGGGCGGCGUCCCCACGGCCCCGCUGGCGGCGGCAGCGGCGGCGACGGCUUUGGCGGCGUCUGCGGCGAGCUCGGCGGCGGCAGCUUCGGCGAUGGUCGGGAUACUGGCGAUGGCGGCCGCCGCCGCUGCGGCGGGGGCCGAGGCCUCGGGUUUCAAGGAGUGGGCGUGGCCCGAUCGAGCGGCCUGGUUCAGCGGGCACCACGCCGCCAUUGUCGAUAGCGCAGCCGACGUCGAUGGCACCGGCGGCGCGGGAGCAAGUGGUGGAGACAAGGUUGUUGGGAGGCGAGGUAUGCCGUUAAGCGGCGCCGAGUCGGCGGCCAGACGGCUCGCCAGCCUUCUGUCGCUCGCCGCAAGCGGGCUCCGUUUCCCAACGGUAGGGGACGCUUAUCGUGGCCCCGGGAUUUUGUGGGGUAGCGGGGCAACCGGCGGCGGUGGGGAUGGCGGAGGGGGCGGGAGCGGGAGCGGGAGCGGGAGCGGGAGCGGUGCCGACGUCGAGGAAAAGGAGGAGCAAGAACGGUGGGCCGUGCGCACGGCGAGCGCGAUGCUGUUGGAAGGCGGCAGGCGGGCCGUUUACACUAUGGAAGGACUGCUGCAGGGGGGCAGACGGGCGGCCUACACCAUGGAAGGCUUUCUGCAGGGAGGGGCCAACACGAUGGAAGGGCUAUUGCAGGGGGGGAGGAGGGCGGCGUACACCAUGGAAGGCUUGCUGGAGGGGGGGAGGAGGGCGGCGUACAACCUUCGCGACCAGCUCGCGGACGUGGCGGACGCGCCGGGAGGGGCGGGUGCGGAGUGCUGCUCGAUCGCCGUGUUGACCGCUCCCGGGUCGCCUGUGUCCCCCGCGAGGAUGCCGGUGGUGUCGCCGGCUUAGCCGCGUGUGUUUUGUCUUGGGGCGCGUUUCGAGGGGAGGUUGCCAAGACGGACGCCCGGCGUUGCGUUGUCGUCAUCGCGAGCCCCGCGUGUCGCCCUCUCCACGGGAUUUCGGAGUAGUCACAACGGUGUACGUGUGGCGUAGUUGAGAUCAAGCUCAAGUGGGGCCGCCCGUUACCUGUGCUUUGCUGAUUCUUGUCUGGUUACGGGUGGCCAGUGCUACUUUCGCGCGUGUUGAUGUGCGGGUCUCCUAGAUUGGAGCGCACCACCUAUUUCCGCUGUAUUGUUUGAGGAUUGUAGCUGUUAGACCCCAUUUGGUAAGUUUCAUGCUUGAUCGCUCUCCGAGCCACGUGCGCGCGCGAACGGUGGCUGAGUGCACGAUUUCCCCCGUACGUUAGAGUGCUCGUUAGUCAUGUACCUAUGCAUGUGUCUGCUUUUCAGAAAAUUAAACUUGAAUUUAUAAAGGCCACCCCCCGGAUAGUCCUGCCUCAACGAGGGGGGGGGGUGCGGGGGUGGCUGAAUCGUCUGCUGUAUAGAUCAGUGACCCCUGCCGCGUACUCGAAUUUUGUCACACUCAUACAAUAGAGGAGUGGGUUGUUAGAGGAGAUACCCUUUUGAUUUUUGGUGUUUUUGCUUCGUGUACAGAACGCGCCAAGAGAAAUUCAUGUAUUUAGGAAACCGAGGGAAUUCUUCGACACGUCAGAACUUGGCCUAUGUAUUUCCGUGCUGGCGUCCCCAUCGAUCAUUCCAUGAGCGAAGGUUGCGAAGAACAAGCGGCUCUUGAGUGAGGGCCGCUUCCGUUUUGUUUGCCUUGGAUUUUUGGUUGUUUUCCUUUGACGAGCUGGGAAGGGCAAGUUGUGGCCACGGGUAUUGAAAAGUUUUUCUUUGUAACGAGCUGUGGAGACGCGUAAAAGGUGUGGUCACGGAAUUCCGGUUGUUUUGCUUUGACGAGCGGGGAACAGGAAGCUCUCUGACAAGGAACCUGGUGUGUUGCCUUUAGGGUGAACUUGGACGAGGAAGUAAGUCGGCUCCUUCCCGAUGUAUAAAGAUGCAUUUCGUUACGUAAAGGGGAUGCCGCUAUUAGUUCAUGAGGGGUUUAUGCUCGUGCGGAGGCUUUUGCUGGAUUGUCCCGUAUGCUGGUGUACAUGUGUACCCCGUGGGCAUCGCGGAGUGUCUCCCUGAGGAAGAGCUGUGCCCAGGUAGAAUCGGUGAGCUCACGUUGUGAACGCGAGGCACAGCGAGUAAGGGAAACGAACAAGACGGCAGAGUUUGUCAACGCUGACACGAGCGGGACUUGAGGACCCAGAACAAGCGAUGCCAGCGGGCUAGUCCGCCAAUAUAAUGUACUGCGGGUUCUCGUCACCUGGUAGGUCGCGUUGAUGGAUUUCACAAGAACGAAAACAAAAAAUGCAAGAUGGCC